AAGAAAACGCAAAUCUAUUAUUCAGAAUUCAAGCUUCAAUGAUGAGGGUUUGGAGCGUGUCUGUCGCGAUUUUCGCAGUGUUUUUGAAAGCGUAUGCGACGUUUGAUAUCCAAGGCCUGACUCCGCUUGGUGAACCAAAUGUCUACUUCUUGAGCAGUUUCAGCGAAACCUGGGAGAAAGCAGAGGAAUUCUGCAAGAACGUUACAUUCGAACUUUUAAACGUGGAAACCGAAGCGGAAAACGACUUCAUCCUGUCUCUCUACAAUGUGACGAACCGUGUUUGGAUUGGCGGUACGGACGCGGAGGCAGAAAUUGGCAGUUUCUACUGGACGCAGAGCUCGCAGCCAUUCAACUACACCGACUGGCACGUCGGAGAACCGAGCGGAACGAGCAACACGACCGGACAGACCGAACGCUGCGUCCUCUACUACAACAGACGCGGCGACGUCAAGUGGAACGACGCACCAUGCGAAAACGCGUACCCGUUCAUCUGCGAGAAGGUCGUCCCCUAACAAGCAAUCAAGUACAUAAAAACUAGCUCUGACCUAAAUAGCUGGGUUUUUUUAUCCUGAGUAUAAUUGUAUUAAUUAAAAGGGGAGAAAUUAUCUUACAUGUGAACUGCCGGUUCAGUUGGGGAUAAAUUUCAGUUGUUGAAAAAUUUCGAUUCGAUACUUGCGGAGGUUUGAAAAAUAA